CACGCUCCCCGGGAGCUUGGGACCUAAGGUACCCGCCCCACCUACGCGAUGGGCUCCGAGGUGGCCCAGCUGCUGGAGGCUGCUGACUUCGCGGCCCGCAAGCACCAACGGCAGCGGCGGAAGGACCCCGAAGGGACCCCCUACAUCAACCACCCUAUCGGUGUGGCUCGGAUCCUGACCCACGAGGCGGGGAUCACUGACAUUGUGGUGUUACAGGCAGCCCUGCUCCAUGACACAGUGGAGGACACAGACACCACCCUGGAUGAGGUGGAGCUGCACUUUGGAGACCAAGUGCGGCGCCUGGUGGAGGAGGUGACAGAUGACAAGACUCUGCCCAAGCUGGAGAGAAAGCGGCUGCAGGUGGAGCAGGCACCCCAGAGCAGCCCCGGAGCUAAACUGGUGAAGCUGGCAGAUAAGCUGUACAAUCUGAGGGACCUGAAUCGCUGCACCCCAGAGGGAUGGUCUGAACACCGAGUCCAGGAAUACUUCGAGUGGGCGGCACAGGUGGUGAAGGGGCUCCAGGGAACAAACCGGCAGCUGGAAGAGGCCCUAAGGCAGCUGUUUAAGGAGCGGGGGCUGACACUCUGAGCGGUGCUUGGAGCCAUCCUUGCCCAGGCUAGAGAAGAUGCAUACUCCAGCCUUUCCAUGCUUCCCAGGCUCCCUCCCUGGUUUGCUCAGCACAGAUAUUAGAGACCACAGAAAAGACAACGUGUCUUUUCUGACUCUGAAGAUCUACCAACUAAGCUGAGCCCCAGGUUGUGGGAUGAUGCGCCCCAUCCAUUUCUAAUGCAUUCACUGCCCCUCUUCAGGCCUUGGAUCUGUUUGUUGUUUUGCACGGUGGGAUCUCUGGCUCCUCAGGGACUUAGGCUUAUCUAUAAAUGCUGGUCUGAAAAUCAUUAUGCAAAAUAAAACAUUUGGAUAAA